UAAUGGCCGAAGAGAUACGGUCUGCCUUCAUUGACGAGGUCAUGGCCAUCGAACGUGUCGACAACUGGACCAGGCAUGUCCUCACCCAAAAGGCGCAGAGCGUCGUCGUGCUCUCAUUCUUUCCGGCACGUUACACAGCCAAGGCGCUCGUCAAUUAUGUGUCCACCAAGGUGGGUGCAUGCCAUCACCAGAUGUCUGGAAUCUGUCAUUGCCGUUUUGUUUACAGUGUUGCAGCGUGAAUUUUUUAACCUUUUUCCCACAUUAGAUCAACGAGGUGGUGGAGUGGAAAAGCAAUCCGAUGGAGUAUUUUUUUAAACUGAGCGCAUUCAUGGCCAACUCCUGGGCUGCUCCAAUGCACCACCCACUUGUCGAUCGCAGGAGGGGUAUGUCAAUAUUUGACACCGACUGUCAUUUCAACCCUGAGAAAAAUGUCAUUGUGCUUCCUUUAGCCUUCUACAACCUUUCCGUGCCAACGACGCAAAAGGAGAGGAUGUUCCACAUUCCCCGCAUUGGUCCUCGACUCACCAACUGCCUUUUUAGAGCUACGUUUGCAACCAAUUUCUUCAUGCCGAAUGACUACUAUUGGACAAAUUACGCUUCUUCAAACUUCGACGCGACAGCAAAAUGUUUUGGUGGACACUACAAGAAGGACCAGAAUUCUCGGAUGUUCACAACCGUAGAAGAAAACUCUGGAAUCGUCGUCGCAUUCGAGGCCUUCCAGAAUCGACUUUUCAGCAAGCAGUACCUGCAGAUGGACUACAUCCUCGAGGGCCUCCCGGACGUAACAGCGGACCAGCUUUUUUUCAUCUAUUACGCUUUGAGCCACUGUGAAAUAUCUGGUCAUGGUUCUACCGCGUCCAUGAUGAACGCAGAAGAGAGGGUCAACGUGCCUCUGAUGAAUUCGUUCGAGUUCUCAGCUGCCUUCAAAUGUCCCAACAAUCACAAGAUGAACCCGAGCAACAAGUGCAGCUUCUGGGACUGACCACUGUCAUGGGAAGAUGACUUGCUAUUUUUAAAAAGUGGACAAAAAAAAAAGUCAACAAAAUACGCUGCUAAGCCGCUUAGAACUUCAGCUGGGCGUCCAUUUUGAUGGUUCCUUUACUAUUAAUAAAAGGUAAAGCUGAA